AAAAGUAGCAAUGAGAAAACUACACUACCCAGAAUGCCAGUGGGAUGAGGUCUCCGUUGGGCCUUGGCUAGACGGCGCCACAAGAGAAGUAUGUGCUGUGGAGUACUUUGUUGUGGGAUUUGAGAUGUCCAAAAAGAAAUCCAAGAAGUCUGAGCAAAAGGAGGGAAGUUCGGAUGGCUUGGAUAACAAACCUUCUUGUUCUAAGACUACCAGUAAUAAAACAAAGGCAUCCAGUUUGGCAAGCUCAACACCUUCCUCAGAGAAAAGAAAAUGGAAAUCAGAAGAGACAGGAAUCUGUAACACAAAAGGACAGCUAGAAUUUCAAAGAUUCAAAGUACAUAAAGAUGUUCAAGAGAAGAAACGAAAGCAAAGUUCCUAUGUUCCACAAGGCAUUAUUGAAGGGUUCCAAGGAGAGUCUUCAAAUGAUAGCAAAACAAUCAGUACUGUUUUGAUUGAAACUGAGAAGCGAAAAAGGAUAUCUAUACAGUUUAAACAUAAUGAUGUUAAACAUGGAAGAGAGAAAAUCCAAAAUGAUUCUGGUGUGGUCCCUACUAGCAGGGAAAUCUGUAAAAAAGACCACUAUUUUGACAAUGUUGGAACAGGAGGGAAAAUGGUGCGGCAUAGUUUUGCAAUCCAGAAGGACAAGCUGAGGAAGAAGAAGAAAGAGAAAACUGAGCUCAGCAAACUAAAGGCUAGAGUUGAACAAACUAUGUUGGAGACGUUCAAGGUAGCUACCUUUCCUACGGACUUGCUAAGUAAGAAGUUGCAUGGGUCAAAAAAAUUGAGUGAUGAUUUCAGAAUUCUGAAAAAGCCCUCAGCCACCUUUCCAAAGACUGCAGGAGAUGGCAAUUUCCCCACUAAUAUAUCACACACAUCAUCGAAGACUUGUAAGAAUAAAGAACACCUAGAAAACUCUAAAGAACUAUCUAACAAAAAUCACCAUGAUACUAAACAUGUACCAUUAUUUUAUUCAACUGCAACAUCUAAGGGAUGGCAGUAUCUUAAAGAGAAAAAACAGCAUCCUGAUUCCAGCAAAACUUUUAGCUCAAGAACUGAAGGAAGGACCUUUGAAGCCAUACAGUUACAUUUAAGACAGAGCUCUGAAGUCCCGUGCCCUUCUGCCUCCCAUCAAGCCAUUCACAUUACAGAGACAGACCAAGAGAUGCAAAUAAUAGAGGACUUGCAUGCUGCUCGUAUUGACAAAAAGAUAGCUUUGCCAGUCGUGCAGACUUGUGGAGAAUUGACAAGUAUGGAAAUAGAUCUUCCAGAAGAGAAUGCAGAUAUUCCGGCUGCAAGUGCUACUUCUGGUUUGAACCUCUUGAUAGUGAUUGACACCAACAUAAUGAUUAGUCACCUUCAGUUUAUCAUGACUUUGAAAACUAGAGAUAUACCAGGCAUUGGCAGACUUGCACUGAUAAUUCCCUGGGUGGUUCUACAAGAACUGGACAACUUGAAGAAAGGCAAAGUACUACAACAUGUUCGACACAAAGCUGUCCCUGCAGUUGAGUUCAUCUACACUUGUCUCAAAAACCAAGAUUCAAAGCUGUGGGGGCAAUCCAUGCAGCUUGCCUCUCAGAAAAUAUAUGGAUUGAGUAAUGAAAACAAUGAUGAUCGUGUUUUACAAUGCUGCUUGCAGUAUCAGAGUCUUUUCCCUCAAGCUUUUGUCAUACUGUGCACGGAUGAUAAAAAUUUAUGCAGCAAAGCCCUAGUGAGUGAUGUAAAGGCCCUAUGCAAAGCAGAUUUGGUUACUGCACUCCAGAACCUGAAUCUAAACAGCCAUCAGAACUGUGUUGGCCUACAACAAUCAAAAACAGAUACUGGGUCCCAGAAAACCAAGAGGGAAGAUCCCAGCCUUACUACUCCACUCCUAAGCAUUGUUCCUGACCUUGAAAAAAGUUUAGGAGAAGCUUUGUCCUCGAUAUUAGAAACUGAAAUGAAAAUUGCUUUUGGAAACUUGUGGAUGGAGGUACUGUAUCUGAAGCCCCCAUGGACCCUAGCAAGCUUAUUGAAGUGCUUUAAAAAACACUGGAUGGCUGUAUUUGGCUCUAUUGUGCCAAGAAGCUUACUUACAACCAUUGAAUACCUGCAUGAACAUCUUUGUAAAGGUAAGACAGUUGACCACAUAACAGCAAACAUCGUGCUCCAGGAAUCUAAAAAGCUAUUGCAUGCUUUCAGCUCAAGGUCAGACUAUGAUGGUGUACUUCCGCAGGCUUUUGCUUAUGUGACUAAACUGCUCCAGAUGCUUGCAGAGGUUUGGUCAGACAGUGGACAAAAAUCAUCAGGAGCCCUGACAGCUCUUUCAGAAAACACUGCAGGUUCAAAAACGGAAGGUGUGAGGCUGCAUCUGCAAACGUGUGAGGAAGGCAAGUCAUUGUCAAACACUCAGCUGUCCCAAGAUAAAAGACAUCAGGAAAUCUGGUCUGUCCUUGAAAGCAUUUGGAAUACAAUAAACCUGUACAGUACUGAAAUUUUCCAGAAGCUGGAUCACAGUAUCACCACCACCACUACUGCAAAGAUAUCUUCAUUUGAAGAAGCUUUUUUAGGCCUACAGAAACUGAUGGCAGCUGUGAAUAAUAUUCUUGCAGGGAUUCGUAGAGUUUUGACCCCCAACAGUAGUUUUCAAGACAUUUGGAUGCUCUAUAACUUCCUAAUCAGUAAUGAGAUAAAUGCCAGCAUAAAAUUUACUGCUGAGGAACUCUAUGAGUGUGUUUCACAGGAAGUGUAUAGAGAGAGGUUAACAGUUGGAUGUUGCCAACUGGCACAGCUGGAAUACACUAUUACACAAUGCAAUGCAUCUGUCCAUAUGGAGGCCAAAAAUAGGGGCUGGUUAUGAUACUACAAUCAACUUCAGGUUUUGAUCUACACUGUU